AUGACCUCGACCAACUUUGCGCAAGCGCAGCAGCGCCUGGCAGCACGACGACAAGCACGCGAAGCCAAUAAUGCUGCCCGACUAGCCGCCCAGCGCGAUUCCUCACGCACCCGGGCCCAAAUCGAUCGUUUACCGUUCCCAUUCAGCCGCCUCGGCUCAGCAUGGGACUCGAUAUCAUCGCAAGAUGGCACUCGACCCGCCUUUAGAGUCGGACAGGUCGAUGCGGAACUGCUAGAUGACGAAUUGUUAGAGUUGCUCCGCGGCCAGGUUGGCGAUGCACUCAAGUACUUCGCCGGCGGCCAUCUGAAAGACGACUGGUCUGCCGAGAUUCUUCUUGCACUCCGCGCCAUUCUUUUCAAGUUAACGGUCUGGGAUAACGACGCGACUUAUGGCGCAGCUCUACAAAACCUGAAAUACACGGAUGCGCGCAAAGACGGCUCGGUGCUUGUUGCGCCAUCUAGAUGGCAAAAGUCAUUAUACGGAUUGGCCACCGUAUUUGGGAAAUACGGCUGGGAGAAGUGGGAGAACUGGCUGCUUGAAAACGACGAUGGUUACAGCGACGAGCCCAAUCCUCGACUCCAGAGGCUGUCACGUAUGACAUCCCGGAUCACGACGCUCCACGCAGGAGCAGCCUUUGUCUCGUUUCUCGUCUUUCUGCUGCAGGGAAGAUAUCGCACUCUCCUCGACAGAGUCCUACGGAUGCGCCUGGCUCCACCGACCAGCCAGGUGAGCCGCGAGGUGUCCUUUGAGUACCUCAACCGGCAACUCGUUUGGCACGCCUUCACCGAGUUUCUUCUAUUCAUACUGCCGCUUGUUGGCAUUAACCGGUGGAGGAGGUGGAUCUCAAGGACAUGGCGCAAGACAAAAGAGAUCAUCGCUACAAAGGGAGACGAAGAGACAUCAGCAAAUGGCGAAUUGGGAUUCCUGCCUGAACGCACAUGCGCUAUAUGCUAUCAGGACCAGAAUGCCCUUGCAAGUACAGAAACCGAGAUCAUGGCAGCGGCUGCAUCAAGUGGUGUCAUUGGCUCAGCUCAGACCGACAUCACCAAUCCUUACGAGACCAUUCCUUGCGGCUGCGUCUACUGCUUUGUUUGCAUAGCAACUCGUCUAGAGCGGGAAGAAGGUGAGGGUUGGACAUGUCUCAAGUGUGGCGAGCUCGUCAAAGAGUGCAAACCAUGGAGCGGCGAUGUUUUAGAGCCACCGAAGAAAUCACCAACUACCAAAGUAGUGGCCUUUUUAGAUGAGUCCAAGGAUGUCGAGAGUGACGUCGGCACGGAAGACAACGCUGAUAGCGAAGAAGUCGAAGGCAUGAACAGCACCGAGUUUAUUGACGUUUCUCGAGAUGAAGACUACCCUGACGAUACGGAUACUGGCGACUCAGAAGGCUUCGAGGAGACCAUGGACCAGGGCGAAUGA